GGAGGGUGACACGUAAGCAUUGUUGGGAUGAGGAACGGAGAGAAGUUUGAGAGAAAAGUGUAGGGAGUAGGAAUGUGGGAAUGACUAUGAGGUGUUUGAUGAAUUGCUUCUUCGGUGUUCCAACUAAUGCCAUGGCAGCAACUCGCUCCUCCUCCCUUUGGGGCAUCCCUUUCACUCUCAACUUCAACAACAACAACAACCACUUCUCUUCUAACUCUCGCUCUCUCUCUUACAUCUCCAAUUCCACCUCUUCUCCCGCUCCUCGCGUUGGGUUCUUGGGCAUUGGAAUCAUGGGUUCCCCCAUGGCUCACAACCUCCUAAAAGCUGGGGUUGAUCUCACUCUUUGGAAUAGGACCAAGUCAAAGUGUGAUCCCCUCAUCUCCUUGGGAGCCAAAUAUUUGUCUUCUCCUGAGGAAGUAGCAGCAUCUUGCGACCUCACAUUUGCCAUGCUUGCUGAUCCUCACAGUGCCAUUGAAGUUGCUUGUGGCAACCAUGGAGCUGCAAAUGGAAUGGCUCUAGGAAAAGGCUAUGUGGAUGUUUCAACGGUUGAUGUUGAUACUUCAAAAUUGAUUAGUGAGCGCAUCAAAGCUACUGGAGCAUUAUUUUUGGAGGCUCCAGUUUCAGGUUCCAAAAAGCCAGCAGAAGAUGGACAAUUGAUAUUUCUUACAGCAGGUGACAGAAAUCUUUAUGAAACGGUUGCUCCUCUCUUGGACAUCAUGGGGAAAUCGAAAUUUUACCUCGGGGAUGUUGGAAAUGGAGCUGCAAUGAAACUCGUUGUCAAUAUGAUCAUGGGCAGUAUGAUGGCGUCCUUUUCUGAAGGCUUACUUCUCAGCGAGAAAGUUGGGUUGGAUCCAAAAGUACUAGUCGAGGUAGUUUCACAGGGUGCAAUCAGUGCUCCAAUGUACUCAACCAAAGGCCCAUCUAUGAUACAAUCGCUUUACCCUACUGCAUUCCCUCUAAAGCAUCAGCAGAAGGAUUUGAGACUUGCACUGGGGUUAGCAGAGUCUGUAUCCCAAUCUACUCCAAUUGCAGCAGCUGCUAAUGAGUUAUACAAGGUUGCAAAGUCCCAUGGCCUUAGUGAUGAGGAUUUCUCAGCUGUCAUUGAAGCAUUGAAAUCCAAAUUUCAGCAGUCAUAAAUAAAACCACUCACACAUAAAAUUAAAUCAUAAAUAUCCCUUCUUUUUAUGAGAGCCAGGUUCCAUUUUAACAGGGUUAUGGACUAAGGCCUGUUCAGUGGGACUAGGCAUCUCAAGUACAUUUAUUAAUUUAGAGAAUACUUCCGAGGGCUUUCGUUCAAACUGUAUUUAGUAUUUACAACCGGUUUGAGGAUUUUUCUUCAUGUACCAACUCAGUUAAAAUCGUAUGAAAAAUUCAAUAUCCUUAUGAUGAAUAA